AGCGGAGAGAGCAUUUCAUUUUCUACCGGUGUGUGCCGUUUCCUGUUCACUCUGCUUGACGAGACUUGCAUUCAUGAAGUUGGCACGAGUUUGAUGUGCACUACCUGCCGCACAGAAACACACACACACACACAAACUUUUACAAGGUUUUGACCGUUUUGGCAUCCCGCGGGACACGUAUAUAUACAUGCACUGGCAAAAACCAUGGAUGAGGUUGACGGGAAUGAAGACCACACCUGUGUGUACAUGAACUUCGAUACCGUUCCCUUUGUAGCAGAUCUUGUGUUCCCGAAGGGAAUUGCCUGUGAUGGGUACGUGUCCUUAAUAUGCGGAACUUUUGGUGACACACUACCGAAGCGACGACUGGAGAAAAUUGACGAGUUGGCCCGAUCUUUGGGGAAAAAAUUCCGCGUUCAGUCGCCAAUUGUCGAAGGAGUGCCUCAAUGUUUCAUAAGAAUCUCGCUUUCAAAUGCAGCAAAAAGUAACUGUUCUGAUAUCAAUAGCGAGGAAGAAAGAGGCGGCGCGGAAGAAAAGAAAGACGACGUGAUUUGCGAUGCCGGCGUUUCAACGACCUCCGCGGGAGUUUCUGAACACGAAAUAUGCUAUGGACCCGAAGAGGCGCCGAAGGAAGAUGAUUCACUCUCUUCCCAAUCCGAAUCCGAUUCACACAGCGAAAACGACGACGUUAGUGUUUCUAGUGACAGCGAAGAGAAAGAAUAUCUGUGCUGUAAAUGUCCCGCUUCAUUUGAGAGCGCCGUUGAGAGACGCGAUCACAUGUUUAGCCAACACAAUGUUAUGCGCGGUUGUCCAUUUUGUCAACGCAAGUUUCUCGAAAAAUAUGCACUGGUGCGACACAUGUGGUCGCAUUUGCCACCCUACAUGAUGCCAUUCAGGUGCAGUGAAUGCAAGGCAACUUUCCUGUCAAAGGGUGAGUUGCUCUUGCACAAAGUGAAACCAGAUAAAUGUGACACAGAAGGGAGAGCAUCAGAAAAUAGCCUCCUAGCAUCAACGCAAGCAAAGGGUCAAGCAGCUGUUCAAGAGGUGUACAUGUGUGAAUUCUGUUCAGGUGUAUUUCUCACAAACCGUGGGUACACACAGCACAUGAAUAAGUGCCACAAAGAGGACGUGGCAUAUGCUGAGAAAUCAAAAGAACAGCUGUGUUCAUUUUGCAACUUGCACCUCGCUCCAAACUUCAGAGACCUGUGCGUACAUCUGUCAGAGCAGCAUCCAGAAUCUCACGUAUUCCCUUGUAAGAAGUGCUCCCAAGUGUUUACAGAUCAAUCCGAAAUGGAAGCUCACGAAAAGAUGCAUUUCGUUAAGGUUAGUUUCAGCAAGCAGAGCCCAGGACGCAAAAUUUAUCACUGCAACGUUUGCGAAGAAACGCUGGCGACACUGGGCGCACUCGUCAGCCACAUUCGCAGCCACAACGCCAAUCAGGACGCAACAAAUUACAUAUGCGACGUGUGCUACAAAACAUUUGGGAGCAGGUGUCGACUGAGGAGGCACUUCAGAAAGCAACACCUGACACCAUCGGGGGAGGAUGUGGCUUCAGCGUGUGCGUGCUCCGUAUGCCAGAAGAUAUUCACCAAUCAGGCCCUUCUCAGACGGCACCACAGGUGUGUGCACGACAGGUGUCUUCCCCACGCGUGCAGACGGUGCCCCAAGAAGUUUGCGGCCGAACGCCAACUGCAGCGCCACCUGGCCGUCAGUCAUCGGUCCGAGAUGACGGAGGAAGACCUGAAGCGGUUGAACCUCAUCAAGAAGUUUGUGUGCCACGAGUGCGGCUUCGCCACCUACAGUGACAAGACUAUUCGUCGUCACGUCUACACCCACAGCGGUUCGUACCCGCACACGUGCGACGAAUGUGGGCGGGGUUUCGUAUUUCGCUUCGAACUGACCAACCACCGCAGUCGCCACCACAACAGGGAACGCUACACGUGCGAACGCUGCCCUCGGGUCUUCUACAGCCACGACCGCUUCAGCCGGCAUGUUUCCGCGCACGAGGGGGGUUGGGGAUUUCCGUGCUUGACCUGCGGUCAGCUGUACGAGACGAAGGGUUACUUGGAGAGCCACCAGCUGGUCCAUUCGGAGCACUCCCCCUACGUGUGCAGCGUCUGCGGAAGGCACUUCAAGACCCCGCAGAGUCUGACGUUCCACAACGUGGGUCACCAUGGCAGCCGGUCCUUCUUCCGCGACGCCCAACGCUGGCCGUACCGCUGUUACGUGUGCAACGUCAGCUUCAAGUACAUGAGCAGCCUCCACGCUCACAACGCCUGUCAUCACGUCGCGGAGGAGCAACGGUUGGAGUGCCAGUACUGUUCCAAGAGGUUCCGGUCCAAGGUGACCCUCUCGCAGCACAUUCGAACCCACACGCUCGAGAGGGCCGCUCAUUACUGCGGGCACUGCAAGAAGAGCUUUGCAUCUUACAGCGCGCUCAAACGGCACAUUAUCGUGACCCAUCCCGCUAAGCACAAGACAGAUGCACGGAGCUGUUCGAAGCGGUCUGCACUGGCCCGUGGGCAACGGGAGAAACAUGUUUCGCAUCACGUACAAGAGGCUGUAAUAGAAGUGACAGAAGGGGAACUUAACGGUGCAGACAGCUUGUUGAGUGAGGAUGUGUUUAUGGAAGAAGAGGCAGAGCUGCAGUAAUGACACUGUUAGAGCGUACUUUGAAGAGGCACACAUUUGACACAUUGUGAUGUCGGUGGUGUGUUGUGUCAUAUCGGAUCCUUGUGCCUUCAGCUGUGCCGUACUGCUUUGUGUUGUGGUUCAAUGACCUUCUAAAGUUCGUUUUUGUUUCGUCCAGAACCAUUUGUGAGCAGUUAUUGCAUGUAGGCUGAAACGCUCUUUGAUAACGCUGCAUGAGCUCUUGACACGAGGCCUCUGUUUUGCCUUCAUCAUGGAAGUGAUGCGGGCUUACUCACAUGCGGAGUGCACUGUGUUUUACUUUUGUGAUCAAAGCCCACAGUGCACCAAAGCUGUUUCUAAUUCUGUAGUUCUUCGCUUUAGGGGAGAAAAUGCCGAGCUACUUCGCAGCAGGGCAAGGGUGUGGCUGAGCUGGUACAUGGUGAUAGACGGGAAACCCGGACACAGGGAAAGAUGACAUAAACACAAUCUCAAAACAUAGGAGACCCAUUAAUGAACUAGUUAUUGAUCCUAACGGGCAAAAAUGGGAGAAGUCUAGCACUCGCAAGUAAAUAAACUAAGCAUUUAAAGAGAUUGAAACAUUUAUUUCAGCAAAAUAAAUGUUUCAAUCUCUUUAAAUACUUAUUUUACUUAUUGAUUUUACGGAUUAGGGGUACUUAUAUGCGUAAACGUGACAACACGCCAUAAAGUGUUAUUACUGAGAAAAACUUGAUCCUGCUCGUCUACUGCCAAACAUCACCAACACUUCUUCGUGCACCCCAUGACACCACAUAUAUAAAGGAAAAAAACUAGAUCCUUUGAAUAUAAGGGAAACAACGAGAAAUUAGCCGAGAUGGGCUACAAACGUGGACGACACAAACGCGUAACACUCCAAAGCCCGGUGUCAAUCAAAUCAAACAGCUCGGGGGGAAAAAGGUGCUGAGGCUGAGCUCUUGGUGCAAGCAGCCUGCUUUUUCUUUCUCCUUCUAUAAAGUCUAGAACGUUCUGCAGCAGUGAGUGGCACCUUUCCGCAUUCCUUAGAGUUUCCUCUUUCAUCUAGGACAUGUCUCCUUUGAUUUUGAUGAUAGUAUUUUUGUCUCAUAUAUGCUGACAUUGUCACGGACAUUUGACUCAUUCUGUCUUAUGGCGGUUGUGGAACUCGCAACGUACCUCCCUUGCACCAUUUCUGAGGUCACGUGCAUUAUCACACUAAACUUUUAUCAGUUCUCUAUACAUCACCUUACUUCGUUGCAAUACAUUGAACAUGUAG